UGCGCCCUGGUAUACCACGGAUGGGCAGAGGGCUGAGGAUCCUGUGCCCGAGAUGAAUCUAGCCAAGAAAUGAAGCCAGUGGGGGCUCACAGGAUCAGGAACCUGCUCAUGUACCAGGGGGGCCUUCUGCAUCUCAUCCUGGGGCCCCUUUCCAACCUUUGGGGUUGCCUCCUGGCGGAGCUUAACAGGCCGAGGCAGCUUGCUGAGCAGCCUGUGGUUGCUCCAGCCAGAUAGAGACAGCCACAUUCCAAGCUCCAGGGUGGCAGGGAAGCUGGGCAGGGAGUUCCGACAGGGAGUGGCAGCCCAGGCUCGGGCAGGCAAGUGCUGAAGGGUGGCUCCGCCUUCCGCAGAAAGCCAGAGGCCGAGGAGAUGGAAGAACAGGUGUUCAAGGGGGACCCGGACACCCCUCACUCCAUCUCCUUCUCAGGCAGUGGAUUCCUCUCCUUCUACCAGGCGGGGGCCGUGGACGCCCUGCGGGACCUGGCCCCCCGGAUGCUGGAAACAGCCCACCGCUUUGCGGGGACAUCGGCGGGUGCUGUGAUCGCCGCCCUGGCCAUCUGCGGGAUUGAAAUGGAUGAGUACCUCAGAGUCCUCAACGUGGGUGUGGCCGAGGUGAAGAAAUCCUUCCUGGGGCCCUUGUCCCCAUCCUGUAAGAUGGUGCAGAUGAUGAGGCAGUUUCUGUACCGGGUCCUGCCUGAGGACUCCUACAAGGUCACCACGGGGAAGCUCCAUGCCCUAUACUGCAGCUGCUUCGUCCCAGUGUACUGCGGCCUCAUCCCCCCGACUUACCGCGGUGUGAGGUACAUCGAUGGGGGCUUCACGGGCAUGCAGCCCUGUGCCUUCUGGACCGAUGCCAUCACCAUCUCCACCUUCAGUGGGCAGCAGGACAUCUGUCCCCGGGACUGCCCGGCCAUCUUCCACGACUUCCGCAUGUUCAACUGCUCCUUCCAGUUCUCCCUGGAGAACAUCGCCAGGAUGACCCACGCAUUGUUCCCCCCGGACCUGGUGAUCCUGCACGAUUACUACUACCGAGGGUACGAGGAUGCAGUUUUGUACUUGAGGCGGCUGAAUGCUGUUUAUCUUAAUUCUUCCUCCAAGAGAGUGAUUUUCCCCCGGGUGGAAGUGUACUGCCAGAUAGAACUCGCCCUUGGCAAUGAGUGCCCUGAAAGGAGUCAACCAAGCCUUCGAGCACGGCAGGCCAGUCUGGAAGGAGCCACGCAACCUCACACGGAGUGGGUUCCCAAAGGGGAUGGAAGGGGUGGCCAUGGUCCGCCUGUGUCCCAACCCGUGCAGACACUUGAAUUCACAUGCAAGUCACCUGUUUCAGCACCAGUCUCUCCACUUGAGCAGCCACCUGCACAGCCACUGGCCUCUUCAACGCCACUUUCUCCAACUGGCAUGCCACCUGUGUCAUUCCCAGCUGUGCACAAGCCACCCAGCUCCACACCUGGCUCAUCACUGCCCACCCCACCACCUGGACUGUCACCUCUGUCACCUCAGCAGCAGGUACAACCAUCUGGAUCACCAGCCAGAUCCCCACACUCUCAGACACCCACUUCACCCAGGCCAUCCCUGGGGCCUUCAACUGUGGGGGUACCUCAAACACCGCCCCGAAGUUCUCUUUCAGCCUUCCCUGCUCAGCCACUGGUGGAGGAACUAGGCCAAGAACAGCCCCAAGCUGUAGCUCCUCUUGUCUCUUCAAAACCAAAAAGCGCCGUGCCUCUGGUUCAUGUGAAGGAAACCAUCAGCAAGCCUUAUGUAAUGGAGAGCCCUGCUGAAGACUUAAACUGGGUGAAUAAGGUCUUCAAGAAGAACAAGCAAAAGACAAGUGGCACCAGAAAAGGCUUCCCAAGACAUCCGAGAUCCAAAAAACCAAGCGGCAAAGUGCAGUGAGCAUGACUAAUGUUCCUUAAAUCCCACGGAGAGGAGCAGCUUUGGGAACUGUGUUCAGAGAGAUUCCGAGGAAUAGAGGAGAGUGUAAGGGAGUAGGGGGUGUGGUGGGAGAUUGGGCUUUGGAACAGACACAUCCGACAUAAAAUUCCUGCUCUGCCACAACUCCACUCAGCGAUCAUGGUUGGGACACUUGCUCUCCCUGAGCCUCCAUUUCCUGUAAAAUGGGGAUGAUACCACUUCAUAAAGUUGUGAGAGUUAAAUGUGAUCAAUGAUGUAAAUUGCUUCAUAGAAUGCAGAAUGUGUAAUAGCUCACAAUAAGUAGGUAUUAUGUUUACAUAAUUCCCAGAGGUUAACUGGCUACCUCUCUGCUUCUGAAGAGAUGCUACUUAAAAACAAAACUAGACAGGCCAGGCAUGGUGGCUUAUGCCUGUAAUCCCAGCACUUUGGGAGGCUGAGGUAGGUGGAACACCUGAGGUCAGGAGUUCAAGUACAGCCUGACCAACAUGGUGAAACUCCACCUCUACUAAAAACACAAAAAUUAACCAGGCGUGAUAGUGUGCACCUGUAAUCUCAGCUACUUGGGAGGCUGAGGCAAGAAAAUUGCUUGAACCCAGGAGGCAGAGGUUGCAGUGCACCAAGACUGCACCAUUGCACUCCAGGCUGGGCAACAAGAGUGAAACCCCAUCUCGAAAAAAACAAAACAAAACUGGACAAGUGAGUGCCUACGUGACACUCAAAUGUUGCCAGCAUACAGUUAAGGGCCCUAGUCAAUGUAGGCCUGCUUCCUAUAGCUUUUUGACUAUAUUAUGCUGUCUUUGACUUAGUCAGUCAACACUUAUUGAGCACCUACUAAGUGCCAAACACUCUCCUGUACUCUGGCAAAAUAAAAAAUGAAUUAAAACUCUA